AUGGCUGAGGCACUAGAAAAAGACAUGAUUCCAUGUGAAAACUGUAGCGAACAAGUUAACUUGGAUGACUGGUCAAUUCAUGUUAGACACUGCUUUCAUGGGGAAAAGAAACAAGUAGAAAAUUCAACGAGAGCUAUCACGAAUGAACCGAUCAUUGAUGGUAUUCCUUGUGAAUUUUGCGACACUCAAGUCAAUUUAGAUGACUGGGAAUCCCAUUCAAAACAAUGUGCUGAUACACACAAUAGUCGAAUUAAAAAAUUAAAAAAUAUGAAGGAUGAAUCUAUCGUAGAACUUAUUCCUUGUGAAUACUGUGAUGCACAAAUCAAUGUCAACGAUUGGGAGUCACAUUCAAAACAGUGCGUAAAUAGUAGUAAACUAUGUACUAGUAAUGUAAAAACUGAUGGGAAUAAAUUAAUGGAUGCUCUUAUUCCAUGUGAAUAUUGUGGUAGUCAAGUCAGUUUAGACAACUGGACGUGGCAUACGAAUCAAUGUGCGGACGCUGAUCGACGCCGCGUUGAAAAUAUAAUCAAACAAAAUGAAGCUCAUCCAGAUGCCAAUCUUAUCCCAUGUGAUAUCUGUAAAGAAUCUUUUGUAUUUCAAGAUUUUGCAGCCCAUCAAACUGAAUGCCAACUUAAGCAAGCUUCAUCAGUAUUUACACCAAAUGCUCUACACGAACAGACAGCGAACGGUCUUUUCUCUUUGCCAAGACACUGGGACCAAUCAUCACCACACAAUCUCUCUCGUUACACUCUGCAGCCUGAUUCCGAAGAAUAUAAAUUUGUUGCGGAUAAUUUUCACAAGACAUUAACAUCAAAUGAAAUCGUUCAAAUCGAAAGAAUCCAAAACCGACGUAAGUAA